AUGAAGCUGCUCUUCCGAAAGCGAGACAACGAAGACAUGGCCUUCGGGGUGGUGGCCGAGGAGGACGACGAUCUUUGGCAUUUGUACAAUCUGAUUAGCAUCCACGACGAAGUCGAGACGUCCACGACGAGGAAGGUACACAAGGACAUCGGAAAUAAUACAUACGCCACGGAAAUUAGGAAAAUGAAGCUCACCCUUAUGAUAACCAAAGUAGACUUCGACUCAGUCAACAACAGUCUCAGAUUGUCAGGAAAGAAUAUCAAAAACAACGAUUAUGUGAAAAUGGGACAGUAUCACACCUUCGAAAUAGGACUUAAUGAGAAGAUAAAAAUAAAGAAGAAAAACUGGGACAGUGUGUACAGGGAAAAAUUGGAGGAAUGUACGAACGUACAGAUAAAUUCCAAAGUGGCCAUCCUGCUAGUGAGCUGCGGAGAAGCUCAAAUGUACCUCCUCACGGAGAAUCUCUGUAAACAUAUCUUCACCUUAAACAAAGUGAUUAAGAAAAAGAGAGAAAAAAACAACAACUCUCUGUACGCAAAAUCGAUGUGUGCAUUUUUCCAGCAACUCCUCCUCCAGUUGCUCAAAAAUGUGAAUAUACAAAAUAUGCAGUGUAUCGUUCUUGGGGGACCCGGUUUUUUUAAAAAUGACUUCCUUCAAUUUGUGUAUGAAAAAUCGGAACAGAAAAAUGAUAAAGACGUACUUAGCAUUAAGUCCAAGUUCCUCAUCGUGAAGACAUCCAGCAUCAACAGAAAUGCAGUGAACGAAAUCCUGAGUGAUGAAAAAAUAAAGAAACAGAUAUUAAACAUGAAGGUCGUUUCUCAUAUGGAUGUCUUAAAUAGAUUUUACAAGUUGUUCGAUAAAUGUGAAGAGAAAAUUUGCUACGGAGAGGGUGACGUCAGAUAUGCUGCUUCGUUGCAGGCCAUCGAAUCUUUGCUUAUUACUGACCGCACCUUCCGAAACUGUGAUGUGGUGACUAGGAAAGCAUACGUCGCCAUGCUUCGCGACGUGAAGAACAGCGGCGGCCGCGUGUUCAUCUUCCCCGACAACCACACCACGGGCGAGCAGCUCAACGCCCUCACGGGCAUCGCCGCGAUUUUGAAGUUCCCCGUCUACGCGCAGGAGGGGGAGCGGCAAGAGGAGAAGAGGCAAGAGGAGAAGAGGCAAGAUGAGUAG